UGUGGUUAUACCUAGAGAGCUAGCCAUGUUGAGAAGACACAAGCUCAUUGUUCAAGGAGAAGUAACUGCAGUACUGUCAGCUCUGAGGGGAGGAGGAGGAGGGGGAGGGAGAUGGAUAGGAAUGGGUAGAUCAAACUCGGAGGAGAUACAGGAUCCAUUGAUACAUGACCUAUGUCUAUUGCAAGACAAUCUACUGCAUACACAAGAGAUAGGUGUGUUAGAUAUAGUACGUCCAUUUUGUUCGGUGGUCAUCAAUGAAGAGACAACUGGCCCAAUCACUGGCCUGGCUAUAGGGGCACUGGAUAAGUUCCUUGCCUCAGGAUUAUUAGAUCCAUCUUAUGAUAAAGCAGCUCAUGGUAUCUGUGAAGUGGCUGAGGCUGUCACUCACGCUAGGUUCGUAGGUACUAGCACUGCCAGCGAUGAAGUCGUACUCAUGAAAAUACUCAAAAUAUUAAAUACAUUGCUCUCAGUACCAGGUGGCAGAUUAUUAACGAAUGAGAGCGUCUGUGAGAUAAUGCAGUCUUGCUUUAGGAUCUGUUUUGAAGGACGGCUAUCAGAGCUGUUGCGUUGUUUUGCUGAGAAUAUACUAACUGAAAUGGUCCGUCUCUUAUUUAGUAAUCUCUCACUCGUUGAGGACACACCCACUGACAAUGAAAUGAAGGUGGUGGCCUAUAGUAGUGGCCCUGUAUUGGACUCUACUAGUUACAAUGCUAAGGAAGAGAAGGCGGGCCAGCAGCAGCUGCAAUCAGAGCAGUCAGUAGUAGUACAGGAGACUGACUCCAUUAAUGGGGUAGCAGAAGGGGAGGAGGCUAAGAGAGAGGGAGAGGAUGAAGGAGAGAGGAAUGGUCUGUCUGAUGAAGAGGGUAAGACAGGAGGAGGAGGAGGAGGGAGGGAGAGGGAGGAUGUCUCUUCAUUGUCAAGUGAAUCACCUGAUACUUCAUUAACAAAUUCUCCAAAUGGUGAUAGUCCUACUGCUCCUACUGGCAGUACAUUCACGACAGCAAGAGGUGUCCAUUUUGCUGGUCCAGUAGGAGGAGGGGGAGGAGAUGAGAGAGAGAAGUCUCCUCACAGUAUGCCUUGUGUUAGAGAAGUCCUGAGGUUUCUCAUUUCCAUUAUUAAUCCUAAAGACAGGAAUGACACUCGUGUGAUAUGCAUUGGAUUGGAUUUGGUGACAGUUAUGCUGGAGUGUGGAGGGAAGAGUCUUGGGGACAUUAAAUCGCUGAGGGUUCUCAUGCAAGACGGACUCUGCCAUCAUUUACUUACUUUGCUAAAGCACGAAUCCGUUGAUGUUUUCGGUCGCUCUCUGAGGAACUGUUUUCUUCUUUUUGAUUCAAAUCGCCAUCAUCUUAAACUACAACUGGAGUGGUUCCUUAAUAAGCUAAUGCAAACGAUACAGUUGGAUCAGUCAAGACUACAGGCAGGCAGACAAGAGCUAACACUAGAGUGCCUCAUACAAUUUUGUCACAUCCGUAAUUUCGUAUCAGAGCUAUACGUUAACUAUGACUGCAGUACUUACUGCACUAAUGUGUGCGAGAGAUUGAGCAAACUACUUGCCAAGCAAGCAUUUCCCAGUUCUUAUCACACCAUAUCAUCAACCAACAUAUUAGCACUGGACACACUACUGGCAAUGAUACUAUCACUGGAAUCAGCCAGCACCACCACCACUACUGAUAAUAAUAAUAACGAUACCAAUGAUCGGGAUACUAAUAGGGUGGGUGCUAAAAAUGGAGGGAAAGUUCCAGCUGAUUGUAAUGAAGGAGUCAGUGUUAAUUCAUCCGCCGGGAUCAUAUUCUCCUCCGCUAAGCAGCAGGCACCGGAUAUCAGUCUGAAUGGAGGGGAGGAGGUGGGUGGAGCUAUAUCAGAACCUAACCUCCUCAAAGAGGAAGAGGAGGAGGAGGAAAGGAAGCACCUUAGCCUUCCCCUCUCUCCCUCCCCAGGGACUCUCUCUGAACUAUUGAAAGCACGUCAAUUGAAAAAGUUGAUCACUGCUGGUACAGAGCAGUUUAAUCAGAAACCGUCACGUGGUAUAUCCUUCUUAAUGGAGCAGGGAGUCCUUCAAACUCCUCUUGAUCCUGUGGAAGUCGCUACAUUUCUUCACGACAACCCCUCUAUCAACAAACAAAUGUUGGGAGAUUACCUUGGGGAUAGAAGGAACACAGAGAUAUUGGUUGCAUUUAUUAAGAGUUUCAAGUUUCAUUCUGUCAGCCUUGUUGAGGCUAUCAGAGAAUUUUUAGAGUCUUUUCGUCUCCCUGGGGAGGCCCCUGUAAUUUCUGGAAUAUUUGAAAAAUUCUCUGCCCACUGGCUAAGUUGCAAUGAAAGUGGUUUGGCGACCAUGUUUGCAAACCAAGAUUCUAUAUUUGUCCUUUGCUAUGCCAUUAUGAUGCUCAAUACUGACCUUCACAACCCAAGACUCAAGCAAAAGAUGUCACUAGAGGAAUUCAUAAGGUCUCGUCGAGGUAUGAAUAAUAAUAAGGAUUUCCCUAGAGAAUUAUUGACAGAGAUAUAUCAUUCAAUAAGAACAACUGAGAUUAUAUUACCUUCAGAACAUCAUGGAGCAGUCAAGGAAGGCUACGAAUGGAAGGUUUUAUUACGUCAUGCUAGUACUAAUAAGAGUCUUUAUUACGAGGUAUCCACUCAUGAGUAUGAUCAAGACGUCUUCCUCUUAUUGUGGGGAUCAGUAGCAGCUGCUCUAUCCUGUGCUCUGGAGAACUGGCCGCCUCAUUCAAAUCUUUAUGAUAAAAUAACCAACGGAUACAAGCAAUGCUCAAUUGUGGCUGCCCAUUAUGAGCAGCAUGAGGUCUUUGACAAUCUCGUCAUAUCCCUGAGCAAGUUCUCCUCUCUUCUGAGCCACCACGACCCUCCCCUCUCCCAGUCUGUCACCCUCACCCUCACAACUGACACUAAAGCUCACCUCUCCCUUCAAACCAUGCUCUCUCUUGCUCAUCGUCACGGGAACCUCCUCAGGGAGGGCUGGAAGAACAUUCUAGAUUGUCUGAUGUGUUUAUAUAGAGCAAGACUGUUACCAGAGAGUAUGGUAACAAUACCUGAUUUCAUUAAUCCAGCUGGGUCUGUGUCUUUAUAUGCUGAGGAGGCCCCUACCGUUAGACAUGACUCCAGUAUACUGAGCUCAUUCUUUUCAGUAAACUACUGGCUACUAGCAGGAGAAGCAUCAGUAUCAACACAGUCCGCACUGAAGUCACUGUCACCGAGCGAAGUAAAGCAAAGGAACGCUUUAGUGAAAUGGAUAGAUGACUGUGGGUGUCAGCUGCUUUUCAGUGACAGCAAGUUCCUCAAUGAGGAGUCACUGGCUGAAUUAAUAAAGGCACUGAUAUUCCAAUCACAUGGUCCUGAUGUUCAUAACACUCUUGGGACUGGGUUUGAUGAAGAGAGUGCAAUCUUCUUUUUAGAAUUAUUAAUGACAGUCACUCUAGCCAACAGGGAUAGGGUAAAUAUAUUCCUAGAAGAUGUUUUAAAUCACUUGACUGCAAUAUUAUUAUCAGACCUUCCAUGCAGGAGGUUGAGGGAGAGGAUAGGUGUGUCCCUCCUCCAGCUGUCAAUAAGGUUGCUACACAAAGAGAACACAAGGCAGAGUGUACUGGCGGCACUACGGUCUUUAUUACUAUUGAAACCAGCUGCUCUUGUAUCUCACAGAUCAUUUCAAAGACAAAUCGGCCGAGGGCUAGGAAUAUUAAUGCGAUCACAAGCUAAUUAUCUUAGCAGUUACAUGGAUUGGCUAACAGUCUUCUCCUUAUUAGAAUUCACUGCCACAUGCACGAGUACAUAUUCUAAUCUUUCUGCUACUAAUCCAACUAUCACUGCUGCUACUGAAGAAGGCAAUGAAACCACUGAUUAUGAGAGUCAACCUGGCGGGGGCGCUAAUUCUCCUACAGCUGGUAAAGACUGGGUAGUUAUACAGAGACAGCGUAGCUCCACCAGUAUCAACAUUAACUGCUUUGAUCUUUUAGUUGAAGACACCCUACCACCCCAAGAUCCUGAGUCAUUCUUCAUAGCAUGUGAUGUGCUAUCAUACAUCAUUAGGGAAGAACAGCUAGUGAAUGCUAAUAAUUUCACUACUUGUCUAAAGACUGUCAGGCUACUAUCAGAAGUAACUAGUGUGAAAUCUUCCAUUAGUCACGACCAGUAUCUAACAAGGCAGCAAAGGGCCCCGCCCCCUGAUCGCUCGUACGCUCACUGUGCCCUAAGACUACUUGAUCUAUUGGAUACUUUAUACCAUCGGACGACUAGUGUAUUUAAUAAUGAGGGUAUUAUCAGUGAUACUGGAGCAGGUGUGAGCCAUAUGUGGAAUGUGUGCUGGUGUCCGCUAUUAGAAGGUGUGGCUAGAAUGUGUUGUGAUCCUCGUAAGAACGUCCGGCAGGCGUCCAUUGCUUAUCUGCAGAGGGAGCUGCUGGCACAGACUCUUCAGUCACUCACUGCUCUGGACUGGGAGGCUUGCUUCCUUGAGGUUUUCUUUCCAAUGCUAAGUCGUCUCAUAGAGGAAGAUGAUAGUCAUAAUCCGGACAUUGAGGAAGGUCAAAUGAGAGCCUGUAACCUUCUUUGUAAAGUGUUCCUACAGAGACUCCAGCUUAUCUCCUCGCUUGAUAAUUUUACUGAUCUCUGGGUUGGUAUACUGGACACUAUGGAUCGUUACAUGCACAUUGAGGGAUCUGAACUAUUACCUGAGGCUAUACCUGAGUCCCUAAAGAACAUGUUGCUAGUGAUGGUGACGCAAGGAGUUCUGUAUGUGGGAACGUCCCCUCCAACUCAAGAAGAGGAGACUAAUAAUCAGCUCUGGACUGUCACCUGGAAGAGAGUUGAAAGGUUCUUGCCUCAGUUUCUUUCCGUUUUAUUUCCGGAGUCGAUACCUACUGUUGUCAUACCAUCCUCUUCUCCUGUUAUAGAACAGCCACGCCCAAAACCAACCAGCCCCACACAGAGUGACGUUUCUCCAUCUUCAUCUCCUUUAUCUCAGAGCCCUAGCGAUGAUGGAAGCAGUUUUCCGAUACUAGUGAUACACCCUCCACUGCCAACCCCAACACUAGUGCCAACAUCCCCUAACCCUCCCUCUCCCCCUCUCCCUCCCUCUUCCUCUCCUCCCAGUAUCACACAAGCAGCUGCUAUUGUUAUUAAUAAUAAUAAUAAUACUAAUAGCACAUCUUUAGAUUGUCCAAGGUCGGGCAAUAUAACUCCAUCCUCAACGGAAUGAUUCAAAAUAAACUAUUGUGUUCAUUAUUAUUAUUAUUCACUGAUUGAAUAUAUUUAGGAGAAUUAAUUGGUAUUAGAAUUUAAAUCAUUAAA